AUGACGGCCCCGCCGGUCGGCGGCGCCGGGGGCGUUCCGGGCACGUCGACCCCCGCCGCGGCCGGCCAGGGCGACUCGGGUUCGUCGGCGCCCGCCGCGGCCAGCCAGGGCGACUCGGGUUCGUCGGCGCCCGCCGCGGCCAGCCAGGGUGGCGUCGAGCGGUUCAUCAUUCCCGGCCGUCGCUUCACAGAAAGCCAAGCGCCGGUGACCGUCAAGAGGAAGCAGCAGCGCUCAGUGCUGACGCGGAUGGCGGCGACCACGGCCGGUCCAUGUAGCCGCCUCAAGUGGUGUAUGGAGCGGCGGGCCAAGGUCAAGGUGUACAUCCGAAAUUUCGGCCGCGUGCGGGGCGUCUGCUCCGGCUACAUCGUGGCGUUCGACAAGCACUGGAACCUAUGCUUGGAAGACGUCGACGAGACGUACCAGAAGAAAAUCCGACGGAAAAGCGCCUUCCUCGGCGGCCUGGCCAACGUGCCCACCUCGGGCGGCGGCGCUCCAGCCCGGGCGCCGGCGGGACCGGAGCGUCGGGCGCCGCCGCCGACGGCCGUGGAGCGGCUGACAACCGAGCUGGCGCUGCUCCGACCGCCCGACUCGCGCCGCAGUCGCCGCCGGCCCGUCUUCGAGACGGCCCACCGCCACGUCAACCAGCUGUUCGUGCGCGGCGACAACGUGGUGCUGGUGGCGGUGGCGGGCGGUGGCGGGCCCGACUGACCCGGCGCCCCGCCCCGGCCGCCGCCGUCGCCGCCGCGCGAGUGUAAG